CACCCUCAGUGUCCCCGCUGGCAUCGGAUGGCUCUGGGGGUCGGCUGGGCUGGGAACAUCGUCCUGCUGGGAGCUGUGGUAGCGAUGGGCGUGUGGGGAAAUUUUAAGAGCCUGGGGAAUGACGGUGCCAAUGAGAGACCCAGCUACGGCUAUAACUGCAGCACUGAGCUGAAGGAUUUUCCGUUCUGCUUCAAACAGUUUCUAUGUGAACCUCCAUCCAGCAACUCAAGAGAGGGAUCAGGGUGCAAGCUCUGCCCCCCAAACUGGCUGCUGCACAGGGACAAGUGCUACUGGGUGUCUAAAGAAAAAACUCCCUGGAACAAGAGCCGUGACGACUGUUCAAAGAGGAGCGCUCGACUGUUAACGAUUCGGGAUCAGGAUGAGAUGGCCUUCAUACAAACUACUUCCAAAGACGCAAACCGGAUCUGGCUUGGACUCACCAUUACAUUCCCUGCAAGGAAAAGGAUUUGGGUGGACGGCUCCCUGUUAAAUCAAACACUGUUCAAGGUGGUGGAUCCUGCUGAAGGGAACAGCUGCGGGGUGAUAAAAGCAGAUCGGAUUCAUUUUGAAACCUGCAGUGCUGUAUCAAAAUGGAUUUGUGAAAAAGACGCUCUCCUGAUAUAGACAGUGACAUUAGUGCUCUGCACUUGUGUGUGUGAAGGACAAAUGCUCUUUAGUGUCAGUCUGUCACGUGAAUGAUGAAUAACGUAGGUGAGCUUCAAAGGGAAAAAAUGGACUUAUGCCCUUUGCCUCUCCUUGCUUUCAUAAAAUGGAUAGAAAUGGCCCCAAAGCCUUUUCUUGCAUUUGAAAUUCAGGUCCUGUCUAGGCUGGAAGAUUAUAGUGAUGGGAGAACUAGUGAAAAGACAUCACAAGUAGAGGUGGGGGACAAUUUUCCACUAUAUCAUUUAUUUGCAACCUCCCUCCCUUUAAAAAAAUGCACUUUUGGGCCGAACAAGACUAUUCACAAACUGGUGUUGAAUUUACUGAAUAGUUUCAGCUAAAAUAAAAACAAAUAAAUAAAAUUCACACUAGUUUCACAAGAGGACUGGAGGAGGAGACAGCAGCUAACCCCACCCAACAGCCGAGUGGUUAAUGCACCAGGUUUGAAUCCCUGCUCUGGAACAGUGUGAAUAGAUUAACCAUGUACAUCUAGCCGUGUUUGUGCUAUUUUAGGACAGUUUUCUGUCAGCAACAGAAUCCAUUCCCAGGAAAGAGCUCAACAUACCUAAGAAUCAGGUCCUAGUACGACAAAUGUAUUGCAGAGCAAGGUUACACAGUGAAGAUCAGGCACCUUCAAGAAUCUAACUUGCUGCAGAGAAGGCACAUAACUCAAGCAGCAACAAUCUACCCUCUGAAAUUAGGAAUAAUUAGCAUUUGUUUCAUUAGCAGCCUGGACUUUCCAGCACUGCACAUUUUUGCACAGUAAUUUCUU